UGCAUUUACAUAUUGAACGCUGCUAGCAAGGGCAACAGGAACUUAAUGUCGACUGCGGUUAAUCACACUUUAAUAAUGUCUGGACCAAUCUACCAGACGGCAUGUGUUCAUAGUUCACCGCGUUGAUUCUAGCUGUUUGUAUAUAGAUGUUUCCUGGAUAACUUGGGUCCAUAUAAUUUUUUCAUACAGUGUGCUGUCUUUUUUCCUGCUGUGGGCUACAGCUAUAUUUUCCUGCCCAGCCUCCAUUGCGUACAAUACAAUUUUUGGAGCCAUAAACAUUUGAUCCAAUCGAUGUCAACAGGCCGCUCUAUAGUCUGUUAUGAACCUGUGACUGAAUCGUUGUACGAAUGAGGAGAGAACGACAACAUACUUGGCUUACCCAGUUCACCCGCCUCAAUUUCAGAAAACCAGUUUGUCUUGAUUGAUCAGUGGACAACCUGAUAUUAUUCCGUUACCAAGUUGUGACAGACAAAUUAUUUUCUCACAGAUGGUAACCACUUUCAUAAGAACCCUUUCGACCACUGAUAUCAUCAAUUUUUCAAGGAAACACGGAUAUUCCUGCAUCAUUUUAACUGGGAUUCUCCAGCAAAAAUGGCCAGUACGGAGUGGGGUGAGAGAUCCACUGCAGAGCUCAUGAGCAAGUAUGUGGCCAAGGACACUGGAAUCGGUGUACCCAAUGAGGGCUGGAGGAUCUGUCUGGCGCAUGAGUUCAAGGAGAAGAGGAAGCCUUUCCAAGCCAAAGACGUCUCCCUGUCCAACGUUCUGGAGCACAUCGGCCUUGGACUUCGGUAUCUAAAAUGGUGGUACAGAAAGACCCAGAUAGAAAAGAAAGCGCCGUUCAUUGACAUGUUCGGCCCCCUACCCUUGCGGCAGAUAUAUGGCGCUCCCCUUGGAGGCAUUGGGGGAGGCACCAUCACCAGAGGUUGGAGGGGGGAGUUCUGUCGUUGGCAACUCAACCCCGGGAUGUAUCAUUACACUACUGUGAUUGCCAACCAGUUCACGGUGUGCAUGCGGCGGGGGGGCCAGACGGUGUACCAGCAGGUUCUCUCGGUGGAGCGCCCCCCCACCCUCCAGGGCUGGAACUGGGGCUACUGCGGCGAGUACGCCUUCUACCACGCCCUGUACCCCCGCGCCUGGACCGUGUACCACCUGCCCGGCCAGAACGUCACGCUCACCUGCCGACAGGUGUCGCCCAUCCUGCCCCACGACUACCAGGACUCCAGUCUCCCCGUGGCGGUGUUCGCCUGGGACGUGGAGAACCACAACGACUACGACCUGGACGUAGCCAUCAUGCUGACCAUGGUCAACGGCUCGGGCCACAAGGACGACAAGCGCGGGGGCCACUGGAACGAGCCCUUCCACCUGGAGAAGGACGGGCAGGCCGUGUCGGGCGUGCUGCUGCACCACUGCACCCCUGUCAACCCCUACACACUCUGCAUCGCGGCGCGCCACAUGCCUGACAGGCAGGUCAGCCACCAAACGGCCUUCAGCCCCAAGGGCACCUGCAGCGGCCUGUGGAGUGACCUCAUCACAGACGGACGGCUGGACUCUCCUACCGGCCCCAGCCCCCCCGUCCAGAAGGGGGAGGAGGUGGCAGCGGCCCUGGCGGUGAGCUGCUCCGUGGGGGCGCGGGGGCGCGGGGGUCUGGAGAUGAGCCUGUCCUGGGACAUGCCCACCAUCACCUUCGGCUCCGGGGAGAGACGGCACGACAGGAGAUACACGCGUUUCUUCGGGACAAAGGGGAACGCGGCGCCCUCGCUGGCCCAUCACGCACUCCUCCACUACCCCCGCUGGGAGGAGACCAUAGAGGAGUGGCAGAGGCCCAUACUGCAGGACAGCGCGCUGCCCUCCUGGUACAAGUCGGCGCUGUUCAACGAGCUGUACUUCGUGGCGGACGGCGGCACGGUGUGGACGGAGCUGCCCGAGGACAGCGACAUCAGCGGGGGGCUGCGCAGCGAGGACGGGGGGCUGCCCGCCCAGCCCGCGGCCAUCAAGGAGUACGGACGCUUCGCCUACCUGGAAGGCCAGGAGUACAGGAUGUACAACACGUACGAUGUGCACUUCUACGCCUCCUUUGCACUCGUCAUGCUGUGGCCAAAGCUCGCCCUGAGCCUGCAGUAUGACAUCGCUGGCAGUGUGAUCCAGCAGGACCCGACUGAAAGGCUUCACCUCAUGAGUGGACAGUGUUCUGCGGUGAAGGCCAAAAACGUGGUGCCCCACGAUAUCGGAGACCCAGACGACGAGCCCUGGCAGAGGGUCAACGCCUACCUCAUCCACGACACGGCCAACUGGAAGGACCUCAACCUCAAGUUCGUCCUGCAGGUCUACCGGGACUUCCAUGUCACCCAGGACCAGGAGUAUCUACGGGACAUGUGGCCCAUCUGCAAGGCAGUGAUGGAGUCGGAGCUGCGCUUCGACCUGGACGGAGACGGCCUGAUCGAGAACUCGGGCUACGCCGACCAGACAUACGACGCAUGGACCGUGACGGGACCCAGCGCGUACUGCGGCGGGCUGUGGCUGGCCUCAACGUGCGUCAUGAGUAAGAUGGCCCGGCUGCUGGAGGAUGAGCCGGCCUACCUCCUCUACAAGGACAUCCUGCAGCGAGGCAGCGCUGCCUUCGACAAGCUGCUCUGGAACGGCAAGUACUACAACUACGACAGCAGCGGGAGGAGUUUGUCCAACAGCGUCAUGUCGGACCAGUGCGCAGGCCAGUGGUUCCUGCGGGCUUCUGGACUGGGAGACGGAGAAUUUCAGGCCUUCCCUAAAGACAAGGUCCUCAGCUCGCUCAAGUCGGUGUUCGACCUGAACGUGAUGAGCUUCGCCGGCGGGCAGAUGGGCGCGGUCAACGGCAUGCGUCCCGAGGGCGUGCCCGACCGCUCCAGCGUCCAAUCAGACGAAGUGUGGAUCGGAGUGGUGUACGGGCUGGCCGCCACCAUGAUCCAUGAGGGCAUGCUGCAGGAGGGCCUGCGCACGGCAGAGGGCUGUUACCGCACGGUGUGGGAGCGGCUGGGCAUGGCCUUCCAGACGCCCGAGGCCUACUGCGAGAAGGGCAUCUACCGCUCCCUGGCCUACAUGAGGCCGCUCAGCAUCUGGGCCAUGCAGUGGGCCCUGGACGGGGCCCGGAGCCGCCGUCUCCGUGACGACCCGCCGGGUCAGACGGGAGACUCGACUGCUCCACUGGAGGACAGCUGAGGGGAGGGGAGGGGAGGGGGGUGGGGGGGGGGGGAGGAGGAGACGGAUGCUGACGGGAAAAGCAAAGGAGCGUUCCCAAUCCGGUGGGCGGUACGAGGCGGAGCGACGGCCUUGAAUGUUUACACUCGACGGGUGUGUUUUUGAAACCACGUAAGCGGCCCGACGUGGACGGUUUCCAUGACAAUGAUUUAGUGACCUCACAAAUUGUGUGGGCGAGAUGCAAAUCUGUUUGACCCCCCCCCACCGCACUUAGAAACAUGCAAUCAUCACGGGCCGGUGGGGUCGCUGGGUGACCAUAACGAGGUUGAUAUGCAACUAUAUAAGUGCAGUUUCAGCCCUCUUCUUUUUUUUUUUUUACUUGACAAUCCUCCAUAGUUCCAGAGAGUGAAAAGGCUUGUUCUUCCGACUGAUAAGCUAGAAAGGACGCCAGUCCCGAUGCUAAAACAUGAAUGUUCUACUGAUUUGUGUGAUAACCUGUGAUAACUACUAUUGGAAAUAUCUAGCUAGCGAAUGAUUUUUUCCUUUUCCUUCCCUCUUUUUAUAUUUUAGCAUUUGGUGCCUUGGCGCAUGUUGCCAUGCAUGCAUGUUGAUUGAUAGAGGAGAUACUUUUAUUGUGUUUUAUACAAUCAAAAUACUAGUCUAUGACAAUGAUGCUCAAUAAAAUCACUUAAAUAUUGUCUUCUAAUAUCUUCCUUCUCGCAGUGGAAAAGCUGGUGGGUUGAAUCAAGUGUGUGUGUGUGUGGUUGGUUCUGAAUGAAGAAUACAUAAUUUGUGUAGCAGUGUUUAACAGAAACAAAAUGCCUCCAUUAUUCAUAUUGCAAUAAGCCAUCACGUUUGAUUCACAGGACGACUCACUUUAUAUGAUUGUUUUGCUGCAUAAUGCAAAUGUGCUUCAAAUGAAUGGCUGUUUGAGUCUCAGACGUUUUAGCAUUAUCUUAAAGCACAUCAAGUUAUGAAGUAUUUUUCUCUCAAACCAAGUUCAUGGUGUAUUAUAGUUCCCUCCCUACUUUUAUCUAGAGUUGAUCUUUGAAUGUAAUAGCAUGAGAAGGCUUUGAUGUAGCAUGAAAUCAGUAACUUCAACCGAUGAAUCCAGGUAUGAAACAGUUUGAAACACAACUUGUCACAUCCAAGAAGCCCCUUUGCUAUGGAGAAAUGUAAUUUAGAGCGGUUACUCUGGACUUUAGAAAAAGAAGCCCGUGAAUUAACAUUUCUUUCAAUGUGUAUUCAUGUGUGUGGAUUGGAUAUUUUGUAUGAAAUCCGAUGUCUGUAAGUCUAGGGAUUUACUGAAACAUGGAGAAAAUGUACUUUACUACUUAAUCAUAUAAAAACACACUAUCAACUAAGUGGUUCUCCCGGUAGGAAAUAUAUUAUUGAUCCCUUUAAUUGGACAUGUAAGGUGAUCUAAGCUCCUCCCACCCUGGGGCCCCUCUCGCGCUCUGUUUAGCCUAUAAAGCGUUGAAUGCGGUAGCCAAUGCUAACAGAAAGUUACGGAAUGUAUUUCUUAUUAUUUUUCCUACCAGAGAAGGAAACUUCUGGAAUAACCAAAAAGGAAAUAGUGAUUAUUCGAAGUUCCACGUCUUACACCGGCUAUUUUACACGGAGCCACGAGGACGUGUCUAGGCCCUUGUCAACUUUUCAUCAGCCUACCCUGUUGCCGACUGGCAGAAACCGCAUCGACACUGGUAGCCUACGUUAAUCUAAUUACUUUUAUCACUUUCUGUCGUUUGCUCACCUAUAUUUGUACAACCCAUUUGAAACACUUUUACCAACAAAUCUUUUUUUUUUUUUUUGUUAACGAUGUAUUAACUCGAUGUGCGUUCAAACCAAAAGCGAAGACGCACACAGCUUUUGGCCGUGAUAUUAUGUUCUAUUAUAUAGAUAUUGUAGAGCUCCGAGAGUCCGCAAACGGAAACAAUCACUUUGUACUCCAUGUGGCGGUUCAAAAUGGACGUCAUGGAGUGAACGCGGAUAGACUGUCACGCGGAAAGUUUGAACGGUCCUUUCGCAACAAAACAGAGGGGGCAGUGCGGAAUCCAUGCCAUGUCAAUUGAAAGACGCGUUAAGAGGCGAUGUUUUUGCCAGAAAAUCUUGCUAUGGUGGCACGAAUACCCUGCUUUUCAGAAAUACCCAUAUAUCCAUGUGGUUCAUAUAUGAACUGAAGGAGGGUUUAUUUAUGAACAAAACCUUAAAGCCUAAUCAAAAGCGGGGUUGUGUGUUCUGGUCUGAUUUCACUUUAAACACAAACGAAUGCAUGCACACAUGGCUCGCACCCACAGAGAAAGCAUCUCAUGCUACUGAAUGUGCUGGUGUGUUCAGCAGUUCACCAAAGGGCUGGUGGUUCUUCACCAAGCCGGACCGGAAGUUCUUUCAAUUCCUAGACAGCACAUAAGACAGCCAGCUCUUCGUACACUCAGUAGUCCAGGGGCUAACUGUAGCAUAUGAUACGCUGUUCAGUUAAAAAUAGCACGUCCCUGGGUGGGCUUGAACCACUAACUAAGCCAUAGCUGACAUAUGAACACGUCGCGC